GAUCACGUUUGAUCGCCUUCUCUUGAAGAUGUUUAUUUAAUUUAUUGUGUGUGUGUGUGAUCCGUUAUUGUUUUAUUAUUGCAGUGUUAUUACUGUAAUUGUUAAGACGGGCCGCUUUCACGUGUUCAACCAUUAAGAGAGGUUCCCAUGUCAUUGUAUUACUCUUGGCUUGUUCCUGCGCUGUCCACGGUGCUGAAAUUACUUUCAGCGUGCGGAUGAGAUGUGGAUGCAGGUCGGCAAUAGGUAUGCAGCUAGGUGGGGAGGUUCUUUUGUUUUCAAUUGCAUAUAAAUCGAAUCUGCUUUCACCAGCGUAAAGAAGGGCUGCUUUUCACGUGUGCAGCGAAGGAGAGGUGUCUAUGCAAUUAUUAACUGGCUUAUUCAUGCGAUGUUCAUGAUGAAUUUCAUUACGUGACGAGCUUUACGGAUGCAGGUAAGGUAAUGUGUGUAUAUAUGUAGGUAGGUUGUUUUGUUUUCAAUCAAAUAGAAAUCAUGUUGUUGCUUUUACAAUACAAUCUAAGCACGGGCACAAGUGAAUGUAUGGUAAAGCGUGAAGACUUUAUAAACACAGUAUGAAUCUCGAAAAAAAAAUACGCCCGCUUUUUAGCACGUUUUCCUGCAACUCAUUCAACGUGUAUUAAAUAUCGGACUCUAUUAUGUAAGUUUGGCGCAGCUCAUAGCGACAGUUCUAAUGUUUAAAUAUGUAUUUAUUUUCUGGUGUUGGACGUGUGUUCCCGUUUAAUCAAAGCACACAACCUUUUAACCUGCAUGGUAAAAGGCUCGCAUUUAAUAUUUAUGUUUAAUUAAUGGAGUUUCUGCUUUACUGGGCUAACACGCAUUAUUACUAUUAUUAUUUAUACGCAAUCACGACCCCUCUCAUUAAUAAACAUUGUGCAUGACUUUACAAUGGCUCAAAGUCUGUCAAAAGGCGGUCCUCUAAUUUGUUUUUUGGGGGGUUUAUUUUCCCCAGCAGUUGUGAUUAUUAAUGCGGUUUGUUGUGUAUUGAUUUUUUUGGGGAGGGGUGAGAGAGAUGGGGUGGAAUGAGGAGGGUGAUCAGGAUUUUAGUUUGGGGGUGGGGGAGAGCUGCGUUUUGUAUUUGUCUCGUGCAAACCGCUUCGGGGAAAUGGGCUUCGUGGACUCCACGCGUUCGCCUCUCCUCAACGAAUGUGCCACGGCGAUUCUUGUCGGUUUGGGAGGUAGUUGAUGAGGCCACGGCUGACUGGUAAUACCCAUGGCUUACACAUCCCUGGGAGAUGGGGGUGCUGGCAUUCCAGGAGGACGGUGGACCUGGGAUCAAAGGCUGGAUGCCAUGAUCUCUGAGCAUCAUCAGCAGCAGCAGCUGAGCAGGAAAGCCUUGCCCUUGGGCUCCUCGCUUCUCUCCUCCGAGCCCGGGGAGCGGCGGAGCAUCUUCGGCAGUCUCACCGGCGCCGAAAUCCAGAGCUCACUGCUCGCAGCUGCCGAGAGGAGAGCCGUCUUCGGCAUGCAGGGCGAGGCCCCGGCUGCCCUGGCCAUGGAAGCCGAGAGACGAGCGCUGCUCGCGGGCUGUCUCAUGGAGGCACGAGACCCGCUGUUCGGUGGCGGCGGCAUUAGCGGCGAGGGCCGGGCGGAGGCAGAACGCCGUCUCGAGCAGGAAUUGACGAUCCUGGCGGCCGGUGGGGACAGAAGCUGCGCGGCUCGGGGUCACUCGGGCUCCGCCGAGGGUCACGACGCCGCGGCUCUGCAGGCCGGCGAGAGGCACGAACCGGAGCACAGUCCAAUGCACCUCAAGGAGUCGUCGCUCAUGGCAACGAGGUCGGACGACAGCGACCAAGAUGGCAGCAUGACACCAGACACAGAUUGUGGAGCGACCACCAACCAAGGAGGAGAGACAGAGCAGGAGACGUCAUCCUCCAGACAGUAUCCUCCUGCAACCCAGCCAACAGGCCCACAGCUGGUGUCCCCGCUUCUGCUGCCCUUCGGCAUGGCGGGAGUGGGCUCGGCGCUGGGCGGUGCAGCGGGACAGGCGGUUGGGGUGGGACCUCAGCAGGGCGUGGUGCUCACUCUCCCGGCCGCCAGCCUGGCCAACAUGCAGGGGCUUGCGGCGGCGGCAGCGGCGGCCAGUGGAAUCCUGGCGCUGCCCCUGCACAACAUGCAAGCUACCUCCUCGCUGAAUGCUCAAAUCCAGCAGUUGCACCAGUUACAGCAGCUGCAACAGCAACAACAGCAGCAACAGCAGCAGCAUCAGCAACAGCAACCUCAGACUCAGCAAGCAAAACAUGGAGCAUCCCCGCGAAAAUCCUCGUCAGCUGCCAACCCAAGCCAGCCGCCAUCCAGCCAAGGCAGCAGCCUUCCCCUCGUGGGAGGCCCUCUCACGUCUCCGGCGGCGGUGGCCGCGGUGGCGGCGGCUGUCGCGGCCUCGGGGUCUCUGCCUUCCAGCGCUCACAUUUUCGCCGGCGCGCUUGCCGCGGGCCUGCCCGGGGUGGCGGGUCAGCUCAUCACGAACGCACAGGGGCAGCUCAUCGGGACCAUCCCACUUGUCGGUGGAGGGGGGUCAGGCACCGGCGCAGCGGGGAUGGGCGCCACCGGGCUGCCUCUGAGCCCCCAGCUCCUCACCAACACCCAAGGCCAAGUGGUGGCCAUGCUGGUGGGAAACCAGAUCCUGCCGGUCCUCAACCCGCAAGGCCUCACGCUAUCCCCAAUGAAGGCACCUGGGCAGCAGCAGCAGCAGCAGGUGCACGGACAACAAGGGGGACAAGGCUCCACCCCGCCUGGCCUUCUCCACGUAGUUCCCCCUGGGCCCGGGUCUCUGGCGCAUGGGCAGGGCGGGCUGGGACAGAGCCCCGGCUCGUCCGCCCCACAGUCGCUGUCUCCCUCUUCUCCGAGCGUGGGGCAGCUGGUGAACAACCCACAGGGCCCAUGCGGAGAGGUGGAUGGUGUGAACCUGGAGGAGAUGCGCGAGUUUGCCCGAGCAUUCAAGAUCCGUCGCCUCUCGCUGGGCCUGACGCAGACUCAGGUUGGACAGGCACUCAGUGCAGCCGAGGGCCCUGCCUACAGCCAGUCGGCAAUAUGCAGGAACGCCCUCCUCAUGCGAGCCGACUUGUUCCUGCCGGCCUUCGGAGCAGCAAGAGCUGGAGACGCAAUUAACGCGAACGCUAAUAGCAGCAGCUCUCUCGACUCCCACGGGGCCUCAGGAAAACUGAACCCUGGGCUUUUAUGUCCUGCCAGGUUCGAGAAGCUGGACAUCACACCCAAGAGCGCGCAGAAGAUCAAGCCUGUGUUGGAGCGCUGGAUGGAGGAGGCUGAGGCCCGCAAGCAGGCCGGCCUGCAGAGCCUGAGCGACUUCGUGGGCGGCGAGCCCUCCAAGAAGCGCAAGCGCCGCACCUCUUUCACGCCGCAGGCGCUGGAGUUGCUCAAUGCGCACUUCGAGCGAAACACACACCCCUCGGGCCAGGAGAUGACGGCCAUUGCCGAGAGGCUGUGCUAUGACCGCGAGGUCGUGCGCGUCUGGUUCUGCAAUAAGCGGCAAGCACUCAAAAACACCAUCAAACGUCUCAAGCAGCACGACCCUGCCACGCCGCCACCGCCGCUGCCGCCACCGCCGCCGCCUGCGCUGCCAAAAACUCCGCAGUCACUGGUCGUGCCACAACUGGCAACCGGGCUGCCAAAGGUGGUGGUGACCGAAACGGGCCCUGGCACUUUUGAACACGCGGCGUUGUCGCAAGGCCUCACCAAAAUCCCAGCAGAGGAAGAAUCAUCUCACGGCUUUGACUAGCUCGGUGUGGAUUAUGCGCAGGGAGACCAGGCCACCUGGAUAACUGGAAUGGACUCUUGUUUUUGAAGAAUUAAAGAUCACUUUUUAACCUGAAGAUAAGAAAAAAAUGUCUUGAUUUACAGUGAUUUCCACUAUUGGGGAAAAAUAUUCCCAAUGCUUGUGUUUUUGGUUGUUUAAUUGUGAUGGUAAGGUACACCUUCGUAGCGUUACAUAGGUAACUGAACUUUGUUUGAGUCAUACUAUUAUUGCACAUUUCUGCACAUUUUCAGAAGGUUAAUGUUUUAUUGCCAACCGUAUGUCUUUCCGCUUAAAGUCUUCUACUUUAACUUUUGUGCAAAUUAUGAACAGCUUCUGUUUUUUUCUUGACAUAUAUUGGAAGUAUGACAAAUUUAUGGGAACAGUCUGGUUUGAGAGUAUAUGUAUACACAUGCACACAAAAAUGCCAUCACAAAGCUUUACCGACCAUCAAUGAUAUUGUCAACCUCUUGCUAUUUUCUAUGCAGAGCUUCAACUGCAGACAAUUUUUUUAUUUUAUGGAAAUGUUUGACUUUUGGUCUUUUAUGCGUAUUUAAAUUUUUGUCCCAAAGAGUGGUUUCUUAAGGUCUGGCCUUUGCAUUAUUACAAGUGUGGUCAGAUUUUAAUCUGAUGGGAUGUGUAUAAGUGACAAUAACAAAAAAAAUAGAGGGAAAACAAGUGAAAAAGGCUUUAUAUAAAGUAUACCUGGUUGGAUGUGUUAACACUUUGCAUAUAUGUAAAUGUGACUUGUAGUGAAUAUCUGCUGCGUGAUGUUAAAGCUUUAAUAUGGAAUUACUUUAUUCUGAUGACUCAGCCAAAGAUACCUUAGCAAAACCAAAUCCGUUCAUACAAGGCACACUAAUAGCAAAGUGGUGCUCCAUAGACACACUUUACUCCAAAAAAAUUAUAAUGAGAAUGGACACAUCUGCUUAUGUGGUAGCUAUUAGAUGGAUUUUUAAAGAGUGUUUGUUAAGCAGAAAUAACCCAAAGUAUGUCAUAAAUGCACUUCCUGGGCUGAUUGGCCCAGAAUGUUGCUAAUAAGAGACCUACACAGCCUGCAGUGGGUGUCUCGUAGAAAGCAGACUAACUUGUGACUGACAUUGAAAGCAGUUGAAGAUCAUGAGAAAUACAAUUUCCCAGCACAUUCAUUGUACGCUCUCAACCAUCGAAACAAAGUAGAUAUUUAAUCCAUUUAAAUAAAUUUCCUAAUACGUUUGCAGCAUUGUCCCGGUUGUUGCAUCGCUCACGGCUGUGGACAGGGACUGCCAAGUGUUCAUUUUCUUGUAGGGAUCAUCUUAGUUCCGGAGACAUCGAGUUACGCCACUGAGCAGUUCACUGCAUGUCCCGCAGCAUCACAGUGCCCCAUCACACCAUGCAGGCAUUGCAGUUGAAGAUAACUGCUGAGCUCCAUCUACCUUUGUCACAGAUGGGCGUGAUCUUAGAAGAAACCAUUCGGGCCUCUCACGUUUAAUGCGUUGACCUCUUAUCUCAGAAUUGCCACCAGCAGUGGAGGCAGUCUGAAUGCAUUAAUCAGAAACUGCCUUGCACAAGAUGUAAAGCCAAAGGUAAAGGUUACGAAGUGUAAAAAUCGUAAACACGCUUUAUUUUAAACACAAAUUGGUAAGCUUUAGGAAGGCAACAUGGUCCACUCUUGGAAAGUCUGAGGUUCAUUGGUUAUUGCCAGUUUGUACCCUCAUGCUGUGUUGCCAUCCUUCAAAAUGACAAAAAAGGUGACUGUCAUGUCCACUUUACGUAUAAAAUGAUCCCAAGAUUUAUGACUCUGCAAGGCCGCAGUUUGCUCCUGUGAUUACUGUGUAUACCUUUCCGAAAGAAACACUUUUAUCCAAACUACAUUCCACCUACAGUCAAAAUAUUCAACUAAAUCCAUAUACCAAGCAGCAAGAGUAGGAAAAAAUUGGUUCAGAGUAUUUUGUUUAUAUUGAACCAAUUAAAUGUUUUUGAAACAGUAUCUUUCAUCAUAUGAGAUAAUACGAUACUGCAUAAUUGUAUUCGCCAUAUCAGCCUUGUAGUUGUCAGUAAAAUUCAAUUUAGAUAUGAAUACAAAUUAAAAUACACACCAGUCCACAUCCACCCGCCCACCACAAUAUUUGUGCACAGUCAAUGGUAAGGGCAUUAAAUUAGCAACCUAGAUUCUCAGGACUGCUUACAUCAUUAUUUUUCCCACGAUGUACAAUGUUUGUAUACAAGUACUAUUAGGACAUUUAGAAAUUGAAACACUGAACAGCACGCAGUUAUAAUUUUUACCGGUGUUGUAAGGCUUUGAUGCAGCAUACAUGAGCAAACGAUGUGUUUUCUGAUUAGCAACACAAAGACGCAUAUAAGGUGGCACAUAGCGGUGGUACUUUUUAACAGCGAGGUCAUCAUGCAUUUUUUCCUGGGCAAAAUCCCCAUACAUCUCAGACAACUAUUUAAAUAAAAAAAAUAUCUUCAUACCAUUUGCAGCCACAUUUGCUCCUGAUAAUAAAACAAUUUUUCCCACCCACCAAAGAAAUAUGUCCCAGUCACGAGAGCUUCUCCCUCAAUAGUUUGAACGUUGCUUGUGUGCCAAUCACUCUGUAUGGUUCUACAUACACCAUCAUACCCAUACCAAACUAUACGAGCUUAGGUUAGCAGUGACAAAAAUACAGGACUCGUGCAUGGGACUACCACAGUGGAUGUGUAUAUUAUAUAUGCUAAAGCUUUAACCAAAAAGUAUAUUUCUGCUCUUAUAUAUCCUGUAAUGCCUUUGCAGCAAUUCCUCCAGCUGGACCAAAGCACCUCCUUUCUAUCAACCGUUUGAUGUUAUUUACAUUCUAUUUGUUUAUUUAUUUGUUUAAGUAAGUUUUUUUUCAUAUCAUUUUAAAUCCAUUUUGAAGGAUUGACGAUUUAUGGGUUAGACUUUAAUGCCAAGGAAGGCAAUCGCUCUAAUUUACCUCAAACCCUGCAUUCUGAUUUGUAAAAAUCCUCAAUGCUCUACCAAAUAUUGGCAUGUAUUUUCACACCUGUAACUAGAACGAAACCCAUAAACGAGAAUACGAAUAAUAAUGUCUUGCAUUUUAGAGGGGAGUUACAUCAAUGGCUUGUAAUUCAAGGAGCCAGCGCAGAUCCUCAAGCAUCUGAUGUCUGAACAUUGGUCAAAGUGCCAAGAUAACAAAAAAAGUUAAGCAAUAUAGGGACGAAACAAAUUCUAUAUUCAACACAGCCUCUACAAAAUACUGUCAAAAAAAUAAUGAAAAGAUUUCUUGAAAAAAAUAUGUAAACAUUUUUUUUAUGUCUUUUGUUCAUGUUUUUUUUUUUAAAUCCAGUUAAUUAUUUGUUAUUCACCUUUCGGUAUUUCUAAACGUCCGGGCAACAACAAAGCGUGCACAGCGCAAAUCGAGGGAGGCCUGACGCGGGGCUGGAGGCACGGUCGUGUGGCCCGGCGGGCGCGCUCCUUGGGGUCGGCCGCGUGGCCGCUUCACGGCGACUUCACGACUCGUUUUGCGGGAGAACGUCGGGGACGUGUUUUGUACAAAUCCAGCGGCGGAAGAACGCGGCGCUCGGGUGACACGUGCUGCACCACACCGUGCUCGGGUGACACGUGCUGUACCACACGGCGCUCGGGUGACACGUGCUGCACCUCACCGUGCUGUACCUCACCGUGCUCGAGUCGAGUGACACGUGCUGCACCACACGGCGCUCGAGUGGCACGUGCUGCACCUCACCGUGCUCGAGUCGAGUGACACGUGCUGCACCUCACCAUGCUCGGGUGACACGUGCUGUACCUCACGGCGCUCGGGUGACACGUGCUGCACCACACCGUGCUCGAGUGACACGUGCUGUACCACACCGUGCUGCACCUCACGGCGCUCGAGUGACACGUGCUGCACCUCACCGUGCUCGAGUCGAGUGACACGUGCUGCACCUCACUGUGCUCGAGUCGAGUGACACGUGCUGCACCUCACGGCGCUCGGGUGACACGUGCUGCACCACGCCGUGCUCGAGUGACACGUGCUGCACCUCACGGUGCUCGGGUGACACGUGCUGCACCUCACCGUGCUCGAGUCGAGUGACACGUGCUGCACCUCACGGUGCUCGGGUGACACGUGCUGCACCUCACCGUGCUCGAGUCGAGUGACACGUGCUGCACCUCACGGUGCUCGGGUGACACGUGCUGUACCACACCGUGCUCGAGUCGAGUGACACGUGCUGCACCUCACGGUGCUCGGGUGACACGUGCUGCGCUUCACGCGGGAGGCUUAUGGGACAAAGAGCGAAGAACGGGACGCUCGCGUGUGCUCGGCCACUUGGAGUGUGACGUUGACGCCAGGAGUGUACUCACGGUACAUUCGCUUGCCGGGUUUGAUGAAUAGAAACCAAAGCUGAUCCUAGACUAGGCCUUUUUAUUUGCCGUGUUUAAAAAUGUAACGUGCUAUAUGAUCUGUAGAUCUUUUUUUCCCAAUGUCACGGAAACCUUUGUAUAAUAAAUAGAAGUAGAAUAUG